AAGGGUCAUAGCCUGGUGAGGAAGAUCUGCUCUUGUGGGCUCCUAUUGAGAUGGCCAUGGGGCUCCAAGUGGCCCUGAAAGGAUUAGUGGGGCUGCUCCUGCUGUGUGUCCUGCCCUGGGCUGAAGGUGCGAAGGUGUUGGUGUUCCCCUUAGAGGGCAGCCACUGGCUGAGCAUGAGGGAUGUUGUGAGGGAGCUCCAUGCCCGAGGCCACCAGACUGUGGUCCUGGCUCCAGAAGUGUCUGCGCACAUCAAAGGAGAGGACUUCUUCACCCUCAAAACCUAUGCCAUUCUGUACACGGACGAAGAAUAUACGCAAAACCUGACACAAAACGUUGGGCUGUUCUUUGAAACAGGAAACUAUGUGAAGACAUUCUUUAGAAUAUCUGAGGCUUUAAAAAACAUGUCAGUGAUUCUCUUCAAGUCUUGUACAGACCUUUUGUACAAUAAGGCCCUGAUCCAGCAACUGAACUCCAGCUCCUUUGACGUGCUUUUCACAGACCCAGUUUUUCCCUGUGGGGCAGUGCUGGCCAAGUACCUACAGAUCCCUGCUGUGUUUUUUCUGCGCUACCUUCCCUGUGACAUGGACUACGAGGCCACACAAUGUCCAAACCCUUCCUCAUAUGUUCCGAGGCUGCUCACAAGGCAUUCUGAUCACAUGAGCUUCCUGCAAAGGGUCAAGAACAUGCUGUACCCUCUGGCCUUGAAGUACAUAUGUCAUAUGUUUUUUGCUAAAUAUGAGAUCCUUGCCUCGGAGCUUUUGCAGAGAGAGGUGACCUUUGUGGAUAUCCUCAGCUAUGCAUCCGUGUGGCUGUUUCGAGGGGACUUUGUGUUCGACUACCCCAGGCCCAUCAUGCCCAACAUGGUCUUCAUUGGGGGCAUAAACUGUGCCAACAGGAAGCCACUCUCUCAGGUCUGUACUGAAUGA